AUGGCCCCCUUCGCCAGCAGCCAAGGCGGAUCGGGUGUCGAGGCGACCCUCGCCGCUCGCCGCAUCGAACUCGCCGGCUCCCCCGGUCUCGCCGGACUACUCAAGAACGGCCGCACCACUUCGAUCGCCGUCUUUGCUUCGCUCGGCGGCCUCGUCUAUGGCUUCAACCAGGGUCUCUUCGGCCAGAUCCUCUCCAUGAACUCGUUUGCCCGAGCCAGCGGUGUCACGGGCAUCGAGAACGCCACCCUCAGUGGUCUGCUCACCAGUAUCCUCGAGCUUGGCGCUUGGGUCGGUGUCCUCGCCAACGGCUACCUCGCCGACAGGCUCGGUCGCAAGCUCUGUACCGUCCUCGCCUGCUUCAUCUUCAUCAUCGGUGUCAUCAUCCAGGCCUGCACCCACGGAGGCAAUUAUGACUACAUCCUCGCCGGCCGUACCGUCACCGGUCUCGGCGUCGGCUCCCUCAGCAUGGUCGUCCCCCUUUACAACGCCGAACUGGCUGCUCCUGAGAUCCGAGGCUCUCUCGUCUCCCUGCAGCAGCUCGCAAUCACCUUCGGCAUCAUGAUCAGCUACUGGAUCACAUACGGCACCAACUACAUCGGCGGUACGGGCGAGGGACAGAGCUCGGCUGCCUGGCUCAUUCCCAUCACAAUCCAGAUCCUGCCGGCCUUGAUCCUGGCCGCCGGCAUGGCCUUUGUCGUACCCGAGUCUCCCCGCUGGCUCAUGAAUGAGGGCCGCGAUCAAGAGGCGCUCAACGUCAUCGCCAACCUCCGUCGCCUUCCGGAGAAGGACCUGCUCGUCCAGAUGGAGUAUCUCGAGCUCAAGGCCCAGAAGCUCUUCGAGAUGCGCCUGUCGCAGCACGACUUCCCGCACCUCCAGGGCGACUCGGCGGGCAGCAAGUUCAAGCUCGGUCUGGCGCAGUACAAGAGCCUGUUUGCCAACCCGAGCAACCUCAGGCGAACGCUCGUCGCCAUCCUCGUCAUGUUCUUCCAGCAGUGGACGGGCGUCAACUUCAUCCUGUACUACGCGCCCUUCAUCUUCCAGUCGAUCGGCCUCGACAGCUCCAACACCAUCUCGCUGCUCGCCUCGGGCGUCGUCGGCGUGGCCAUGUUCCUCGCCACAAUCCCCGCCGUCCUCUACGUCGACAGCUGGGGACGCAAGCCUACGCUCAUCGUCGGCGCCAUCUGCAUGGGUGUCUGCCACCUAUCGGUCGCCAUCAUCAUUGCCACCUGCUCCGACAACUGGGCCGCCCACACGGCCGCCGGCUGGGUCGCCUGCGUCUUCAUCUGGCUCUUUGCCGUCGCCUUCGGCUUCUCGUGGGGUCCCUGCGCCUGGGUCGUCGUGGCCGAGGUCUUCCCGCUCGGCCUGCGCGCCAAGGGCGUCAGCCUGGGCGCCAGCAGCAACUGGCUCAACAACUUUGCCGUCGCCAUGUCGACGCCCGACUUUGUCAAGGCGGCCAAGUACGGCGCCUACAUCUUCCUCGGCCUCAUGUCCAUCAUCGGCGCCGCCUACGUCUACUUUUUCGUACCGGAAACCAAGCAGCGCACGCUCGACGAGCUCGACGAGCUCUUCGGCGACAACUCGGGCCGCUCCAAGUGGGAGGCCGAGCAGAUGCUCCAGGCCCAGCGCGAGGUCGGCCUGCUCCGCCUCGCCGGCAUCACCGAGGCCGGCGACGCGCUCCCCAUCAACGAAAAGGAGAAGGACGACGACUCGUCCAGCCACGGCAAGAAGGACGACCUCGACGUCCACACCGCCUAG